CAUGUGUUCACUAGCCACUGUACGUACGUCUUGGGAACUCCAGAUCCCGUCCUGAACGUGAAUGGACAGUCGGUGACAGUUGCAGAACAUAUACCUCCUACCCACAGUCGAGCAGAACAAAGCGUGCAGAGCGGAUGUACUGCAGCUAACUCUUGCAUCACAACAUUCGUUAUAUCCUUCAGUGGUCAUCAUAACAUUCGGUGUUUCAUAUACGUAUCAGUGGCUGAUCGUUGUUAUGACAUUCAUAAGAACCAGUGAUAUACAUUGUAAAGGCGUUUCUAACCGUAAAGACUGAACUAAUAUAGAUCUCUACACUACAAGUGGAAUCUGCCAGGUGGUGCUCCUACAUAUUACGGCAUCUGCCUUCCUCAUCCCAUUGCUACGGACGUAUUGCUAGCAUUAUUGCACACCAACGAUGGGUGAAUUAACAAUAAGCAAAAACACAAGUGUGGUGAUGGACCGACACCUCUUCUCCACAAGGUCGCCGAAGUCUACCGUGUUCUGGCUCCCGGGUAAUGGAAGAAGCAUCGCCCCUCAACAUAAUUCUUACCGCCCCUUUGAUCGCAUAGUCCGCACCGUCCACAUACCCGAAGCUCUAGACAUAUGCGCUCAUCACCAGAUGAUACCCAAGCCUAUCGUAAGUCACAGUGUUCUUAACAGGAAUCACUUACGAGCCGAUCAUCCUUGUGCAAAUUUGUGCGUUCUUUGGUUUGGAAUUAAAAAUCUUGAAGACGAAGAGAAGCACGACUGGUAUGGAAAUGUUGAAUUUGCACUGCCAGCCGACUAUCUGCUGCAGGUCUGGAAGUAUUGCUUCUUGGUGGAGAUAAUGUCUACUCCAACUCACACGGCCACACGGCUGCUCAUCACUAACACGGACUACUCUGCUGUGCUCUCCAAGUACGACCCCUGUACCGCGGGAGGGCCCUGGGUUAAGACCUCAGGAGGCAAUAUGGGACUUACCGACUGCUUCAGAUACAACAACAUUGGCUACAACAAACAUGGUCACUCCUUGGAAUUCAUGAUUGAGGUCAGACCCUUCGGCCAGAGGGCGAUCUUAGAGAACUGUGAGAUCUCAUUCAGGAAUCACUUGGAAGCAAAUGACUAUAGCAAUCCACAUGUCUGUCAGCGUUUUCAGAAAACAGCAACGCCUUGUCCAGCGCCCUUCGCCGGAGCUCUGAGCUCCAGGAUAUUCUUUGGUGAGCACGCACGAUUGGGAAGGUUCUCAAAACUCUACACACCUCGCCUCUCCUGGACUGCCUUGCAACACCUUCAUCGUUACAUCGCAAUGGCUGCAUCCCAUUCAAUUCCUCAUUACAAUCUGGCACCAGCUCCUUAUCCUGUUCACGCACAUGCUGCGAAGCGCAUAAUGACCAACAUCAAUACAUCGAUGAAUCUUAAAGUUAUAAAUGGGGUAUUCGAUGGUAACAAUCAUUUCCAAAUAACUUGUUUGGCAAUGAGAUCACAGAUUCAAGGACAACAGAGUCCUAUCCUUUAUUGGAUGAGAUUUUCAAAAAAGACAGAAAAAUAUAAGAAUGAAGAUCCUGCUGGAAUCCUUCAGAAUGGGAGCAGAAAAAAUCAUAAAGCUCUGUGUAAUAAAUGAGAGGAGCAACACCGACCUUUUCUAGUAGUUAUCUUGCGUUUGUUCCGAGGAUCAACGUUACCGUGGCCCGGUCUCUGACCAGGCCUUCUGGUUGACAAACUGGUCAACCAAGUUGUUAGACUCAGCUACUCGCGGUCUCCCUAUUGAGUUACGUUAUCCUUGAACGCAACAUGUGUCCAAUUCCCCAUCAUAUUGGAAUGUUCCAACGAAAUGUAAAGUCCUAAUUAAGUCAAAAUGUUGCAGUAUAAUGAACACUCGGGAGGCUUUUAGCAUCACUGGGAAUAAAGUCAGACUAGAAUGCUCUUCUACAGCUAGCAAUUAAGGCUAGUAUUAUAUCACAUCUAAGUUAUGGGGUCUCUACAAUGUAAAUAUAAUUGGUCUUUAGUGUAUUGUUUAAGUGUACAGUGGGAUUUUCUGAACUUUUCCUCUCGUGAGGUGACAUACAGUGGUACACAAAGUAUAAUGUGUUGUAUACUGUGUAUACAACACAUUGUACAUAUAUGUAUACGAUAUAUAUAUGUUGUAUACUGUGUAUACAUAGUCAUAAUGUGAGAGAUAUAUAUAUUUUGUAAGAACAUUGAUAUUUUUGGAUUUAUAUGCUUAAAUGGACUUAUGGAUAACUAAUAUUUCAUUUUUAUUCUUGACACUAUCGAACUGAUAGCUCAUUUUAGCAACAAAAAAAAAUACAACUAUACAGUGUAUCAGUUGUACAAAUAAAUUAAAACAUGCAUUGUUAUAAACUUAUCAACAUUGUAUAUGACAAAAACAUGUGCCUGUCAGAUCACUGCACCACAAUCCUUUUGAUGUAUUUUUGUAUCUAUUCGAAAAAUUAUAGUUUAGUGAGCACUGCUGGUAUGUCUCUGUCUUCAUAUAUUGUUAUAUAUUGUUUUAGCACAAGCCAAAUAAAUCUUUGACUCUUA